AACAUGCCUAUAUACAUGGGAAAAGGGCCAGGUGGUAGAACUUAUCUUUGCCAGUGAAGUCUAAGGAUCUGGAAGAGUGUUAGCAAAGAGUCAGGAAGAAAUCCCCUAGCAAAGCCAUGAAGACCAUAGGCUUUCUUCUCCUCAGUCUCACACUCUUCUUCCUCUACUCAGAUGUUGCCGUCGAAGCAAAACAAAAACAGCCUGCUUGUAAGGGCUACCCCCGGAAUGCCUGCACCAUGGAGUUGAAACCACACUGCGGUUCUGAUGGCAAUACCUAUGACAACGAAUGUUUGUUCUGUAAUGAAGUUGCCAAAACCCGUGGGAAACUUCGACUGAGUCACUAUGGAAACUGUAAGAAAACCGAAAAGUAAAGAGCAUCCAUUAAACUAAAAAACAUAUCCUUCACUCAUCCAUCAUUUUCUUGUUUCUGCUUGGCUUGAUUUGAUCUAUCAAUAAAGAAGAUUGACAGCA